AUAAAUCGAUACAAUUAUAGUAUCGAUAAGUUUUUAGUAUUUGGUAUACCACAUCUACAUCUCUAAUAAGGACCAUGCAAAAGUCAAAUCGUAAUCGUCUCAGUGAGGAGCAGCUUCUUAAAGCUAUACAGAAGAAAAAAGAAUGUAAUGCAAAAGCCCAGAAAAUAGUUGAGUCAUUCUUAGAAAGAAACAUUACAAGAGAUUAUUUCCUAUCUCAGUUGAAAGAUAUUAAUCAAUGUCAUUACGAAGACAUCGUAGAUGAACGGCACAUUCUUCUAAUAUGUGGGUAUCCCUUAUGUGAGAAUCUAUUGGAAAAAGUGCCUUCAAAAAAAUAUCAAAUAUCGACGACUAUAAACAAAGUUUACGAUAUAACGGAUCGUAAAAAGUUUUGCAGCUCUCAGUGUUUCAAAGCGUCCGAGUUCAUAAAAUCACAAAUAUUAGUGAGUCCGCUUUGGUUAAGGCAAAAUGAACAAAUACCGGAGUUCAAAUUAUUGAUUGAAAAAAAUACUGGUACUUAAUUUUAAUUUUUAAAAAUAGAAAAUUAAUCUUUAAAUAUUGACAAAUAAUAUUGUAGUUUUUAAUGUAUAAUGAUAACAUAAUAUUUGCCUAUAAUCCGUUCCUCUUCAAAGAAAUUGAACUAACUCGUAAAACUAUUUUUUUUAAUUAUGUGAUAAAAGGUCAAUGUCAAAAUAGUAGUGCUUAUAAAUAAAAUCAAUAAAAAUGAAUAGAUGUAUUUCAUAUAUUUCUUAAAUAGUUCCGCUCCAUUCUAAACAGCCAAUCCAAUUAACCCAAAGGGUUAAAUUGUAAGCAUAUACUGCAAGAAUGAUAAAAACAAAGAUUGCGCAAUGACGGUUUCAAAUUUUCUUCGUUCUGCGUAUCUACGCCCCGGUUGACCAACGUGCAAUCAGCUGAUUUUCAGUUUUUUUUUUUGCAAUAAGAAGCAAUUUUGUAUUGCAGGCGAAAAAAGAUAAUAUCAUCAAAAGUUAACAUCGAUAUAAAUAAAUAUUAAUAAAA